AUCAACUGUUUGUGUGUCAGAGGGAUCAGUCAUGGGACUGCUGCUGCCAAUCCUUCUUGCGGUUUUCACGGCACUUGUGGGAGGCUUGUACCUUCUUGGGGUUUUCCGCCAGCGCAGACCAGGAGAGCCCCCGUUGGAUAAGGGGCUCAUCCCUUGGCUGGGCCAUGUUUUGGAGUUCCGCAGGGACACGCUGCAGUUCCUGGAGAGGAUGCAGAAAAAGCACGGCGAUGUGUUCACUAUCCAGCUGGGCGGCUUCUAUUUCACCUUCCUCCAGGACCCCUGGUCCUUUGGGCCCUUGGUUAAGGAGAGCCGAGAAAAACUGGACUUCAAUAAGUUUGCCAAGUUUCUGGUCCGCAGGGUUUUCAGCUACUGGAAUGAAGAGAGCGAGCAUCACAUUCUCCAGCAGACCAGCAACAAGCACCUGAAGGGGGAUGGUCUAGAGGUCCUGACACAGUCCAUGAUGGGCAAUCUACAGAACCUGAUGCUACACAACAUCGACGGGCCUGCUGAGGGGGUGGAUAAGGCCUGGAUAGAAGAUGGACUCUUCAUGUACUGCUACAACAUUGUCUUCAGGGCUGGCUACUUGUCCUUGUUCGGAAACGUGUCCCCCAAGUCUGAAGGCGACGAGAAGAUUGCCAAAGAGAAAGACAGAGUGGAAUCUGAAGUUUUGUUUCAUCAGUUUCGUAAAUAUGACGUUCUCUUCCCGAACUUGGCGUACGGGGUCCUGCCUCCGAAGAAGAGAAUAGAAGUCCAGAAGCUGUUGGAGUACUUCUGGGAUGUCGUGUCGGUGUGCCAGGUCAAAACCAGAGACAACGUCAGCGGCUGGGUGUGGGACAUGCAGCAGAUCCGUGGGGAGAUGGGCAUGGAUGAGUCUAUGAUCAGCAGGUAUAUGUUUCUCCUGCUUUGGGCCUCGCAGGGCAACACGGGCCCGUCCUCUUUCUGGCUGCUCCUCAACCUCAUGAAGCACCAGGACGCCAUGGCGGCCGUCAAGGAGGAGGUGGAUCGGAUAGUGCGGGAGUCCGGUCAGAAAGUCACACGUGGCGGGCCCUUGCUGGACCUGACGCGGGACAUGCUAACGAAGACCACGGUCCUGGACAGUGCUAUAGAGGAGACCCUGCGUCUCACCACCGCACCUCUCCUCACCAGGGCCGUGCUCCAGGACAUGACGCUAAAUCUGGCCGACGGCCGGCAGUACCAUAUCCGCAAGGGGGACAGGCUGGCGGUCUUCCCUUACUGUUGCGUCCACAUGGAUCCGGGACUCCAUCCGGACCCCAAGUCCUUCAAAUACGACCGCUUCCUUAAUCCGGACAGGAGCAAGAAGACGGAUUUUUACAAAGACGGCAAGAAGGUGAAGUACGUCAGUAUGCCCUGGGGCGCCGGGGUGUCCAUCUGUCCGGGUCGCUUCUUCGCCACUAACGAGCUCAAACAGUUUGUAUUCCUCAUGCUGGUCUACUUUGAGUUUGAGCUGCUGGAUCCUGAGGAGGCGAUCCCGGGAAUCGACGCCAAGCGAUUGGGGUUUGGAUCAAUGCACCCUGUCAGUGAUGUUCAAUUUCGCUACAGACUCAGAUUUUAAAACCACCUAGAUCAGCUCUCUAUUUGCACACUUUGUUUAUCCACCUUUAUGUUUUAUAACUGCAUGUAAAGAAAUCCAGUAAUUUUACUAUGAAGAAUCUCACACUAUUUUUCCACAGAUCCUUCUGCAGCAGCUGUAAUGAUUCUCUUAAAUGCCAUGUUUUGUGAUGAGAAACACAUGUGAAAAUGACGCGUGACUCGCACAAUGUGGGACCGAUUGACACUUGGCAAGUUGGCAGUGUAUUUUUGUUCAAGUUGGAAGUAGUCGCUGAGAAUGUAUUUGAAACCAAGUCCUUAAUACACUUUACUAUGUUCAAACAAUACUUGCUUUUAAUAAAUCCUGACAAUUGUGAAAACAGGAAAGGAUCUUUUUUUAACUUGUACAUGCCCUAGUGUGUGAAUGUGAGUGUGAAUGUUGUCUGUCUCUGUGUUGGCCCUGCGAUGAGGUGGCGACUUGUCCAGGGUGUACCCCGCCUUCCGCCCGAUUGUAGUUGAGAUAGGCUCCAGCGCCCCCUGCGACCCCGAAGGGAAUAAGCGGCAGAAAAUGGAUGGAUGGAUGGAUGAACAAAUUAAAGGAUUGGCUUUCAAACUCUGGCAUAGGUAUCACUUGGGGUACACAGUCUUUCUGUAAGCAAGAUUUAUUUUUUAGUAGAAAAACUAUUUGACACAUACAGUGCCAGUCAAUUUAUUUGAAUAAGAAGUUGUGACUCGGACUGUACAUAUCAGAAUCAAAAUUAGAUUUAGUUUUGAAAUACAUGUAUAUAUAAACAUGCAUUAACCAAAGAUCGGCUGAACUUUAAUUCAAAACAAGCCAAUACCUGCGAGGUAGCAUCAAAUAGUAGUACUUGCAAAGCAAUAUAUUUUUGAAGAGGUAUUUGGUGUAACUCGCUUGAUCAGGCAUACUUUGUGGUUAAGUGUAUGUAUAUCUUGAUGUUCCUGCCAAAGAAAAUAUUAAAAAAGUGUGUUGUGUUGCUUAAGGACAGUGAGAAAAAGGAAUCCAAAUCCCAUGCAAUGUAUAUGCGGAAGUUGAAUGUCAUCACAUGCACAGUUCAGAGUUUCACGUUUCUGCAGGUUGUAAUCUGUUUU